GCAAGGGUUAUGACGUGGCGAGGGUCUAGCGGGUGUGACGUGAAUCCAUGAUGGCAGAAGAUUUCGGCGACUUUUCUCUGCUUUGUUUUCUCUUCACUUCUCUGCUACGCUGUUUGGAGUCAUGUUGACGGACGACUUCAUUGUGGCCAGAGGUUGCGCAAUUUGUGCAGCGGACAGCCUGCCGCAGACAUGCCCAAGAAAGGCAACGGAAAACGGCUGAAAUAUAGGGCCGAUGACUUGAGCGCCCAGAGAGUUACGGUGGCAGAUUACGCCAAUUCUGAUCCAGCCAUUGUGAAGUCUGGACGCGUAAAAAAGGCUAUAGCUAAUGCACUUCAAAAGGAAGUGAAAGCACUUUGUGGUCUUGAAGCCUCUCAUGUCCCCACUGAAGAUGGGGAAUCUCUAUCGGAGAACGGCCCGCACUGUUUGAGCAGUGAUGAGCUUGAUGACACGGAAAACCUAAAUGGCUUCUCCUACAAGAAAAAGAAAAGUAAAAGGCAUAAAGAGAAUGAUGAUGCAGAAAGUAUUGGGGAGCAAUAUCCCACUGAUGUUUGGCUCAUGCUUGCUUCUUACCUUCGGCCCGAAGAUAUUAUGAAGUUUGCUCUUAUUUGUAAGGAUGCUUGGAGCGUUACUUGCACUGCUGUCUUUUGGAUGAGAUUGUACAAAAGACAUUAUCACAUGAAAGCCUAUCUUCCGGUGCGCUUACUUCCGGAGUGUAUGUAUAAGCUACGCUCCCUACGUGCUUGUGUGAUUCGUUCUUUGUACCACAUGUACGAGCCGUUUUGUUCUAGAGUGUCUAAAAAUAUUCCAGUUCCGGAAUCCACACCAAGUACCUUGGCAAAUGCAAAAUGCUUACUAUUCUGGUGCACAAAAAUAACUGGAAACAGAUCCGAAGCACUUUGGGAAUUUAACUUCAAAUUUAUGAAACAGUCUCGUAAACUGAAGAAUCAUUGUCUUAAUGGACUGCAGCCCCCUGCAAAAUACAAAGAAGUUCAUGUUAAUCCUGAUCAUGAAUGUUGUCUUCUACAAGUGACCACGUUAAAUUUUAUUUUCAUACCUAUCGUCAUGGGAAUGACUCUGUCUUAUUUUACCAUAAAUGUCAGCACGGAUAUGAGGCACCAUAGAGUGAGACUAAUUUUUCAAGACACUCCUGUGAGAAAUGGAAAGAAACCUCGUGGUGAACAAGGAGUGCAAGUUGUCUUAGAUCCUGUACACAGUGUCCAUCUCCUUGACUGGUGGCAUCCAAAAUAUCCAUUCUCAACAAUGGUCUGACAUCUGUGCAACUGCUGAGACCUAUUUAAUAGCAUAGUUCCAUCUUGAACAUGAGCAAUUAAAUAGUAGUACUAUCCUUCAGCUAAGUGACUAUUAACUUUUCUUUUUUUUCUACUCAAAUCUAAAGAAUCCCAAUAUCAUUUUUUUUCCAAGCAAGUCGAUCUUUCAAAAUUCAUUCUAGACUUUUCUGAAAUACACAAAGUAUUGAGGGGUUAUAUAUAUAUAUAUAUAUAUCUGUCAUUCCAGUGCUCAACUUCAAAAUAAUGCGCUCUUAACAGACUUAAAGAACAAAUUUUUCAUUUUGAAGCCAGAUUUUUUUAUAUGGAUCAGUGUUCUAAAAAUACAUGUACAUUUAUUGAUUUGCCAGUAAGUGCUUGCAAUUUGCCAACUCUUUGAGUUUUGGGGGUUGUUGAUCAUCUGUGACACCAUGCAGGUCAGUAAUACCAUAAAAAUUGCUGUUAGGGACAUAUGUGUGUAGCUGUUUUUUUAACUGGAUAACCAACGACCCAGUGGUAGAGCAAGCAACAAAAUAUGCAGGCUUCAUAACGUGGCCAACAAGUAUUCAGGUGUCUGAAUUACUUUACUGCAUAAUGUUUAUUCUCUAAAUUGUUUUUCUUUUUUGGGUUGCAUUAAGAUGUAUAUUGCCAAUGUCAUGUCCAUGUAUUAGAACAUUAAAGGGACAGUCUAGACAAAAAUACACUUCCAUGAUUCAGAUAGGGCAUGCAAUUUUAAACACCUUUUCAAUUUACUUUUAUCAUCAAAUUGUCUUUGUUCUCUUGGUAUUCUUUGUUGAAAGAUAACCCUAGGUAAGCUCAUAUUCUAAUUUCUAAACCUUUGAAGGUCGCCUCUUAUCUCAGGGCAUUUUGACAGUUUUCACAUCUAGAGAGCGUUAGUUCAUGUGUUUCAUAUAGAUAACAUUGUGCUCACGCACAGGGAGUUGCCUAGUAGUCAGCACUGAUUGACUUAAAUGCAAGUCUGUCAAAAGAACUAAAAUAAGGGGGCAGUCUGCAGAGGCUUAGAUACAAGGUAAUCACAGAUCUUAAAAGUAUAAUAUAGCUGUGUGGGUUAUGCAAAACUGGGGGGGAGGGUAAUAAAGGCAUUAUCUGUUAAGACAAUAACAAAUCUGGAGUAGACUGUCCCUUAUAAUGAAUUCAAUAAAUAUAUAUUGUUCCAACUAUUAAAAAAAAAACUUUUUUUUUCCACCCUUUUUCUUAUAAAAGGUUUGGCACUUUUAAUAUAUUCAUCUUCUAGUCCCUUUUAUUUACUGCAGUGUAAAAUAACUGAUUAAGAUGUAAAGACCAAUCUGUAAAUCUGGCUAUGAUUUUUGUUUUCCUUAUUUUGGCCAUUGCAUUAAGUAGGCCCUUAUUUUCAAAUAUGUAAAGGGACAUUCUACUGUUAAUUAUACCUUUUUUAUUUAUUUACUUAUAAAUUCUAAGAUCAGAACCUUUUUACACCAUGGAUGCUAAAAAAGGGGAAGCACAUUCUAAAUAAUAAUAAAAAAAAAUUAGCUUAAAAUGGUAUGCUAGGUCUGUAUUUUUUUUUUUCACUGCAAUGUUCAUAACUGUUCUGAAAUUGUAUGCACAAACCCUUCUGCAGUUUCUGUAAACUUUUUUAAGUUUAGGGCGAUAUACUAAAUGUGUAAAUAUGUUAAAUAAAGUUGAUGAGAAAUGAA